AUGAAAGGAAGAACUUCAGCAUCUUCAGGCCACAUCAGUUUUCAUAUGCCAAAGAAGAAGCCAAACACCAGGUCAGAGGAUACCCAAGUUCAGUCCCCUCUGACAAGGCUCUCAGGCUCCCACCAUUGGGUCUACCCUUUAAAAGAGUGGAGGUUAAGUGUCAGGAACAGAGAGUCUUCCACAAAAAGAAGAUGGAAAAAUGACUGUGACAGAUACAGCUGUAAUGAUGAAGAAUCAAUUGGGCAACCCAAAGUUAUCUUGACGAAUGUCCUGAGGACGAAAAUAGGACGAAAAUAUGAACAGGCGCAACCUAAAACUGAUGCUAAUUUUUCUGAUGCUGACAAGCUGCAGUCAAAUCAACUGCCUUCAUCAUCUGUUGCCAGCCUAAAGAUAUGGCAGUUUUUAAAUCCUACUCUCCAAAGCCUUUUUCUAUCCAAAAGGCAACCCAAAGUUAUCUUGACGAAUGUCCUGAGGACGAAAAUUGGAAGAAAAUACAUAGACAGCCACGUAAUAGUUGAUGCUAAUUUAUCUGAUGCUGACAAGGUACAAUCAGGUCAACCACUCUCAUCAUCUGUUGCCAACCUACAGACAUGUCAAAUAUUAAGUCCUCCUCAUGAGAGUUCUUUUCUGUCCAAAAGGAAUGAGCGUCGCCUGAGAAAGACAGAUGAUGGCCCAUGUAAAUUGAUCGAGCCUUCUAAGGAAUCAGAAAGCAAUAAUUUGGUCGCCACUUUUAGAAAACGUGAGCUACAGAAGAAAGAAAACAAGAACUAUAUGGAAGAAGAGGGCAAGAGGAACAAAAACAUGAACUCUGUUAGUUGGAAGGGAUCAGGCUCCAUUGAUCCUGAGAAAAAGAAAAGAAGACUUAGUGAUGACUGUAACACCCACAUUCCAGAAAAAUCACUUCUACCACCUAAGGAGCAAAGAUGGAGUUCAGCUCAGUGUCCUGACUGCAGAAACCUCUGUGGGGACGGACAAGGCCAUGGGACUAAUCUGGAGCAGGACCCCGUUCCCCAGCUAUUAGAGACGGGCCAUAAAAACGCUUCCACCCAGAGCCACUUCAGGUCUGCCCACAGCUGCGCAGAGGAACUCGGGGCAGAGUCUCCUCCCAGAAACUCGUCGGAGAAGCGGCUUCCCGACAGUGACGACGCAGUUUCAGCAAGAGUCAGUGCCCCUAGGGAACUCAAGGCGGACACGACGCAGCAUCUGGCCAAACCACAGAACAGAAUCUGCAGGGGUAAUCGGCCACUUGUUUCAGUUGAGCCAAUUGUCCUUUCCAGUGAUGAUGAGGAUGACUCUUCUGAACCAAAAUGCGCAGAGCCACUGCAGGAUGAUAUUACUGAUAAUCAAGAAAUAGACCAAGAGUCUGAUUUGCUUUUCUCAAAAAUGCUAUUGGAAGACAGGGUGGAAAGUCACACAGAGCAGGUUUUGAUGGAGUCAGAUGAAGCUAAAUGUCCUGUCACUUUACCUUCUGAUUGCACACCUAGUGAAGAGAUAAAACCGGCAUUGGAGAUUACUUUUGCUAGCUUAUACAUUGGGAAUUUUAAAUGUUCACCAACAGGUCAUGCUAGGUUUACAACCAAGCAUAUUACAAUCCCUUUUCAGGUGGCUCUUAAUAAGAAUAUUAAGCUGACAGUGGAUACUCUGGAUCUGAGAAGGUUUGGUCUGUGGAAAAGUGAUGGUGGCUCUUCAAGAACAAUCAUUUUCCUUUGGUUGUCUGCUGAUUAUGUAGAGAAGAUUGCAACACAGUUAGGAAAGUCUCUUUUCUGCAAGUCAUCCAAAUCUAGUGAAUUUGUUUUUCUUGAACUGCCCCAGCCACUCACAGACUGGGAAGAAGAUAAACUGACUGAAUUAAUUACAGAUGUGAGCAAGAAGAACAGAGCACCAGAUCUCCCUGAGGUUUUGUCUUUGAAGCAAGCUUUCCCUUUGUUAAAGGAUCUUUCUGCUGAGGAGAGCUCCUUUAUGAGUUACUAUAAGAAUCUACUAAAGCAAUGUGUGCCGAAAGAGAAUACGUCCAAUGUGCAGGAGCCUGCAUUUCAGGAAUCAAAACCAAAAGUGGCCAGGCCUAGUUAUGCCCUUUCAAACAAGCAGAACAGUGGCCGCUAUUCCAUUUCUCUGUCCUCUGUGCUGAAUGAAGAGUGGAAAGAAGUAAGAGAAGCUGAAGCAGUUAAGAAUUUGAUUGUUUAUCCACCUCCACCUGCAAAAGGAGGCUUGGGAGUCACAAGAGAAGAUCUGGAAUGCUUGGAAUAUGGAGAAUUUCUCAAUGAUGUCAUCAUUGAUUUCUAUCUUAAAUACCUCUUGUUGGAGAAAGCUCCAAAACACCUUGCUGACCGUACGCACAUUUUUAGCAGUUUCUUCUAUAAGUGCCUGACCAGGACAGAAAAAAACUCCGAAGGAGAUCCCAAAGUUACAGCAGCACAGAGAAGACACAAAAGAGUGAGAACUUGGACUCGUCAUAUAAACAUCUUCAAUAAAGAUUAUAUCUUUGUGCCUGUGAAUGAGGAGUCUCAUUGGUACAUUGCAGUUAUCUGUUUUCCGUGGCUAGAAGAGGCCGUAUAUGAGGAAUGUCCCCAUCAGUCUUCGUUUUAUGACCAGCUUCAAGAAUCUCCACCCCAGUCAGAGGAGAGUCAGAGCACUACAGCUGAGUCAGUGUUGGCCUUUCCUGGUAACUGCAAGGACGGACAUAUGGAUGCAAAUAGAAUUUUAUUCACAAAAGGUGACAACCAUGUUGCUGCAGUUCUUCCCUCAGAUAUUGCUAAAAACUCUUCAAUUAAUUCCAGAAGGCAAAUUUGUAAAAGGCCUUGUAUACUCGUCUUAGAUUCUUUAAAAGCUGGCUCCUGGCAGAACACAGUACAGGUGUUGAGAGAGUACCUGGAAGCAGAAUGGGAAGUUAAACGAAAAACUCGACGGGAAUUCAGUAAAUCAUCAAUGAUGGACUUCUGUCCUAGAGUGCCUAAACAGGAUAACAGCAGUGACUGUGGUGUAUAUUUACUGCAAUAUGUGGAAAGCUUCUUCCAGAAUCCCAUAGAUAACUUUGAACAGCCAAUGAAUCUGGAGAAGUGGUUUCCUCGUCAGGUGAUCAGAAGCAAACGAGAAGAAAUCCGGGAUUUGAUCUUGCAAUUGUACUUUCAACAGCAUAGUGGCAGCAGCAGCUAA